AUGAUUGUACCAUUUAUGUUGUUGAGACGUUCGUUUACUACGACUAUCACUUGUUUUAGAGCUGAAGCUGUUUCAAAAAAUGCGAGAAUUCCAGGUUAUGGGAAUAGGUCAGGAUUUGCUGUGUAUAUCUCUGAAAACAUUGCUAAGAUAGAAGGAAGUAGUACUUCAAAAAUAAAAGAACUUUCAGAAAAGUGGAAGAAGGAAAGUGAAACAGUAAAAGAAAUGUUUUCAAAGAAAGCUUCAUUGUUAAAUGAAGAAAAUAAGGAGAAAUUUGAGAGUUUAUCACAGGUAGAAAAAGAUAAGUUGAUUCAAGAGGCACACCAAAAACGUGAGAAAAGAAAACAUAGAAAAUUGAAGGCAAUUAAAAAAGAGAAACGUGUUGAAAUUGUCAACGCUAUUGGUAUGGAUAAACCAGUUAAUGCUUUCAUCCAAUUUGUUAAAGAAUACUACAAAAAUAAUCCUAAUGAAAAAGUUAGCCCAGAAAACACUGAAAAAAUUUCUUUAAUGUGGAAGAAUUUACCUGAAAACGAAAGACAGGAAAGAGAACGUCAAAGCAAAGAAGCAUUUGAUUUAUGGAAUAAAAAGAAGGAUGAAUAUUUGAAAAAGAUUGAUAACAAUGAGAUUUAA